CCGGUUCAAACCCAGCAGAUUAUUCCCCAGACGUGUCUGGUGUCUCUUCUCUCAACCCAAACAUCGCGUCGCUGCGCAGAAAGCGGCGCCGCGACUCGCGCGCACCACCGCGUCCUCCACGGAGCUGCGGCCGGCCGUCAGUCCACAUAACCCGGAGCGGAGGAAGACACCGCCGGGUCAUCAGGACCGAGCGGAUUUGUUUAAGCAGCGGAUAAACAGGCAGCAGCAGAGGCAACAGCCAGGACCCGUCACCGAGCGCCAACGACCCAGCCGGGAGCAGCGACAGCGGCACGGACAGCACCGGGAGCCCGACGCAGACCAUGAAGGUGAAGAAAGGCUGCGAGGUGGUGCUGGGGGUCCCGGCCACCACGGAGGAGGAGCUGCAAACGAGGACGGUGAUCAGUCCGGAGGAUGUGAUGGGCUUGCAGAAGAUCACGGAGAAUUAUCUGUGUGGCCCAGAGGAGAACAUUUACAACAUCGACUUCACAAGAUUCAAGAUCAGAGACAUGGAGACCGGCACUGUUCUGUUUGAAAUCACCAAACCUCCGUGCACAGAUAAAGCAGGACAGAAGCGGGACAUCGACCCAAACGCCGGCCGUUUYGUCCGUUAUCAGUUCACGUCUGCUUUCCUUCGACUGCGACAAGUUGGRGCCACAGUUGAGUUCACAGUCGGAGACACGCCAAUAGAAAACUUCCGGAUGAUUGAGAGACAUUAUUUCAGAGAAAARCUGCUGAAAAGCUUCGACUUUGAGUUCGGCUUCUGUAUGCCCAGCAGCAAGAACACAUGUGAACACAUCUACGAGUUCCCCCCUCUGUCUGAGGACAUGAUCAGAGAGAUGGUCCUCCAUCCAUACGAGACACAAUCCGACAGCUUCUACUUUGUGGAUAAUAAGCUGGUGAUGCACAACAAGGCGGACUACUCGUACAACGGCGGGACGUAGAGAGGACACACACACCUGGAGAGAUGAGUGGAUAUAUGGACCAAAACCUGAGGGACGAUCAGAGAACGGUUCUGGGUUUGACUUCCUGUCUGUCUUUUUGACAGGUUGGAUCCAGGAACAGACAUCUUUGUUAUAUCUGUGUGUGCGUGCGCGCGUGUAGAGGUAUGAUUUAAAAACAAAAUGCUGUGCACACACAAACAUAAUGCACACACUGGUGUGUAACAAACCAGCAGGUGAACAUUUUUUAAAAGAAAUCUCAGAAGCUCUUUUGCUCUUUCGCCACGUCGUUUAAAGAAACGCUCUUCUUAUGCAGAAAGAAAUUAUUUUUUUCAUUCCUGUGGUUGUUAGAGGAACAAAUCGUGCAUUUAAAAACAUGUUUAUAGGACUUUAGGAACAAAAAAAUCUAUUUCUCUGAUUCAACGAGUGCUUUUGAUGUGUGUGUUUCUCGUCCUUUUGUACGAUUGUCGGAGUGUCAGCAUGAGAACUGCUCUGGUUUAAAAAAAGACAAUAAUUUAAAUGUGAGUUUUAGAGUAGAUCACCAGAACAUGUUAGCAGAGUUUCUUCACAGUAAAUCAGUCUUAUUUUAUUUCUCAUUUCCUUUGGUCCUGGUUUGUUUGUUGAGUUGUGUGACUUGUUCAGACAGUGGCGCACACACUGUGUGUUUGUUAUGUUUUCUCAAAGCACAAGAUUUUUUACAACAAUAAAAAACGUAUAAGGCGAACUGGUCCGGUACGACCAUAAACAUACUUUACAUCACCAUGUUAUUUUGUUACUUCAGAUCUUCUGGAGUGGGUUUUUCAUUGAAACAAUACAAACAAUCAGCAUCUUACCUGCUGCAGAUAGCUCUUUGAGUGACUUCAGUUUUGAAUGGAUUGGUGAGUUAAUGCGAAUGAACCGAACCAGAACCUAAGCGGGUUACGACUGAGAAGAUAAUCGACUCAAAUGUUUUAUAACGGUUUAUAAAAAGCUAGUUUUAUAAACUUUAACAUCAGUUUUUAUAUUACAUGGUUAUCUUAGCAGAAAUAUGAUGUUCCUGUGGGAAGUGCUACAGCUGUCUGCUGCUGCUGUUUUGUUUCUCUGAACUACCACAGGAUUGUACAAUGCAAAAACUGUCCACCUAACCAAGUUUUAAAAUCUUAUAUCAGCC